CUUCUUUUCGUCGUCCUUCGUUGAGUGAGCUGCAAACACGGUGUAAAAACGCUCUGGCUGUACUGGACAUCUUUGGUCUGGCUUAAUGGAAGUAAUUUAAUGAGAAGACUAAUAACAGAUCAUCAAGUGUGCGGAGUACCUGCUCACUCUGAGGGGUUGGACAUGAUAGGAGGCGUUUCCAGCAUUUGCUGCGCGUCGCUCACAGACAUAUCUCGCGCUCCCAGCUGUUGGAUGGAAGCACCGGUGGAGCGCAGUUUUGUUGGGCGACCACUGAAUACGAGAAUCGUGAACGGAGUCACCUCGAUUAUUACCGAGUAUAGAUAGAAAUGAAAGUUGGAUUUGGAGAGAGCUGGAACAACAGAAACGCUGCGUAACGGAGACAGCACGACUACAAUGACCGGGGACUGGUGCGCUUUGGCACCGAAGGGAAGCGCCAAGCUUCGCUGACGAGCUGAGCAUCAACUUAGAUAAGAAUAGCCAACUGUAAGGGGCUGAAUAUGUUUUCAUGGACUAGCUGCCAUGAUGUAAAGCUGCAUUUUUUAACUUUAAUUCCGGAAUAAAGUGUGGAAAGUGUUCGUGCUCAUUUUGCUCCCCUUCAACCGUGCCAAUGCUGGAAUGGCUGGUGGCUCUGUGCGUUGUGAUCCUGGUGCUCCUAAUCUGGCCAGGUUACACAUAUUUCAGUGCCGAGCGCCAGCGGGAUGCUCUGCUUCAAGGACUGGGGUUUUCACAGCAAGCAGCGAAGGAAAAGACCGGGAGGUGCGUGUCGGACCGGCAUGGGAGCGACGGUGGGCAGCCGGCCUGUGCGGGAGCUGUGACAGAGGAGAAAACAUGCACCGUGGGGCUCAUAUGCAAACCAUCCGCGCUGGCCAACUACCUCCUGAAACACUGCCGGACUUUCAGUAAUUACUCCCCGUGUGUCGGCCGGACGUGGCGGGCCAGCGCCUUCCUGCAGAGUGCGUACGAAGCGUGUUGGCCGUAUGAAAGCCCGGUCCAGUUUGUGCGGGACAACCUGCAGCUGAGCGAUGAUGGGCUGGUGGCCUUGGACUGGGCAGUGCCAUCCUACCAGAAAAGACGCAGGACUUCUAGUCACUCAACCAGCCCGGUUCUUCUCAUCAUUCCAAACUCUUUUGGGAAAAUCACUAGAAACGUGUUGAAGUUGUGUGAGAUGGCCUUGUCCCAUGGCUACCUCCCAGCAGUUUUUAACCGCCGUAGCCACAACGGCACCCCGCUCACCACCCUCAAAAUGCAGCAGUUUGGUGACCCUGCAGAUCUGCGUGAGGCUGUGCGCUACAUUCGCUACCGACAGCCAGCAGGAAGACUGUAUGCAGUGAGCGAGAGCUCCGGGUCGGGCCUCCUCCUGUCUUACCUGGGGGAGUGUGGAUCAUCGAGUUACGUGACGGCGGCCGUCUGUCUGUCCCCAGUGUUCCGCUGCCAGAGCUGGUUUGAGAAUGGACUGUGCUGGCCUCUGCAGUGGGCGUUGGUGCUGUACCAGAAGAUUUGUCUCAGCAGGUACAGGACGGUGCUGGGUGAGACCAUGCAGACAGACACACUGUUUUCCAGCUGUUCUUUACGAGGCCUGGAAGAAGUGCUUUUCUGUCAGACUGGACAUGUGGGCUCCACACCAGCAGCACCUACAGGGAGCAGCAGCAACACUUCAGGUGCCUGGGAUGCUUACUGGGAACGCAACGAACCCUUAAGAGAUGUGGACGAAGUGGCAAUUCCUGUUCUGAGCGUGUGUGCUCGGGAUGACCCCGUCCGUGGAGACACUCAAUCCACGAUACCGUUGGAACUCUUUGAGACAAACCCACAUUUUUUUCUCCUCCUAACUGACCGUGGAGGUCACUGUGGUUUCUCCACCCAGUCUGAGGAGAGUGCCGGUGCACUGGGCGCAGUUGGCUCUGCGGCAGCACCAAACACGGGGAUGCAGAGUCACGGGGCCAACUGGAGCCACAGAGCUGUGCUGGAAUUCUUCAGGGCGACCACAGACUUCUUCAAUGCAGAGGAGAGAGCAAAGCAGCUCGCUGCGAGGAGGAGGGGGCUGGGUGGAGGGGCAAUAGGGAGGGUUUUCCGCCACCGCAGCGUCAGUACUUGUAAACGGGUGCCAGCGUGUUCCCAUAAUAUCCAUGCCAUUUACAACUGGCAGAGGUCUUACACACGAUGAGGGAGCUUAAGAGAACACUUGACAUUUAACAAAGGUGAUGAAUGCAACUUUUCCCUCAUAAAACACUUGCAAAGCUGAUUUGUCUUUUAAAUCCUGCUUUGUUUGCAUCCAUGUAGCAAACAGGUUUCUUAUUCCCUUCCUUUAAUGUUACUGUGUUGCAUUACGACCACUUGUACCUGAGUGGAUUUGUGUGACACCAUUGAUGUGGCUGCAAGUCGUGUCACAGUACAAACAGAACAAAACAGGGACUCACUCGUAGCAUUAAAACUCCACAGGGCACCAUUAAUGGUCUACACCGAUGCUUCCUGAAACGGUUUGGAUUUGGGUUGUGAAGUACUCAGUGUUCUCCGCCUGCAUGACACUCAGCUACAAAGUGUUACGAUAAUCAGAACUCAAAGUGUUGGAGUUGUGACUUGAUGGAGAACUUUAAGUGAGAACGUCUGCGCUGUUCUCACACUCUUAAUGUGAGCCAUAAACCACUAUGAGGAAAAAAAGUAAUGGCAGACAAGAGGAUUACAUAUAGGUAGGUUUAACUGGCCCAAAAGUUGACUCUAAACUUUCAGUGUGGAGGUCGAAAGGGUUUUUCUGCAGACAGAUUUAAGUUCCUUCAGUGUCAGCUGUUUUGUGAACAUACCUACGGGACAGUUACUGAGUUAAGUGUCUUGCAUUUUACACAGCUUGAAACCACAUUUGGCAAGGUUCGUACCACAGCUGCACUGUCAUUUGGGUUAUUAAAAGCUUGACACUUGUUACAUCUUACUGUCAUUUUACUAAAAGUGUAUGUAUUGGAGAACAAGUGUUGUGCCGAGGUCACAAAGAGUUAAAUUGAGAUGAAAUGUUACUGAGUUUAAUGAACUCUUCCAAUGUUAUUGUACAUGUUAAAGUCAGUUUACUGAGUAGAUUAUAAAAAAUUCUCUUCUGUAUUAGGAAAUGUUCUGUGAUGCCCAGAAUAGAGGACGUAUUGUGUGAUCGUUUCCCAGUCAGUUUUUAGAGGAAAGUCCGUGUCAUGAGCUCGUGAUAUUUUAAAGAAAGAGGUGGCUGGAAGCAUUUUGUGAGUUUUCCUGUUUCAUCAUUUAAACUCUGUGCUCCAAACUUCUUUUUUUUUUUUCCAAGCGGCUCUUUAGGACCUUCAUGUGCUGAGUGUCACUGGUUUCACAUCAAGAUGGAGAAUUCAAGACUUUUUCUUUGAAACAUCUCACAAAUCCUUGGAAAUGUUAUUUGGGUUCAUUCUUACCGAUUAAGAAACACAUUGUACAAUUUGUGAUAUUAAGUAAUAAAUAUUUUUAUUUUGGCACUCAGAAAGGCAGCACAGCUGUUUGUAAAGCAAAGAAAGACCACGGUUCAUUGUAGCAUGACAAAAUUGCCAAAUGUUGUUUGUCAACUGAUUGUGUUUUUUUAUAAAAUGUGCCACAUGUUAACUGAGUUAUAUUGUGUAAUUAAAUUAAAAAUAUAAUAAGUGAACUAUGAAAA